CUUAUCACCGCACUAACACUGCAAACAAGUAAACCGCGAUUUGAUUUUAAGUACCUAAGUAUCUAUUUAGAAAUAUUAUGUUUUGUGUUUGAAGCAUUUCAGAAAAUAGUUAUCGUAUUAUGUUCUUGUGAACGUGAUCUUAUUUUAAUUUUAUAUCUAAGGUUUAUUUAUUUUUCGUCUCAAAUCAUUUCGUCCAUUUGUGUGAGUGAAUUUCAAUUCUAAUUGAGAUUUUUUUGUAUUUCUGAGAAAUACAAUGAGUUCGGGAUUAGAGAGCUAUGUUAACCAUACAGUUUCUAUUAUAACAUCUGAUGGCAGAAACUUUGUGGGAACACUUAAAGGAUUCGAUCAGACUAUAAAUAUAAUUUUAGAUGACAGCCAUGAACGAGUUUACAGCCCAAAUCAAGGUGUUGAACAAAUUGUGUUAGGUUUACAUCUUAUUCGUGGUGACAAUGUAGCUAUAAUUGGUGAAGUAGAUGAAACAAUGGAUUCAUCAAUUGAUUUGAGUGCAAUCAGAGCAGAACCUAUCGGAUCAGUUGUAUUUUAAGAAAUUCAUCAAAAUUAUCAUACUUAUUAUGAAUGAUUUAAUAAAUCGAUUCUUUUAUAUUAAGUUACUGCUACUAUUAUAAUUAUGAUAGUAAUAUAAAUGUAAGGACAAAUUUGUGUUUUUUUAUUUGACUAAAGUAACAUGUAUUUCACUAUUUUCACUAAUACUGUUUUCAUUGAUGUAAUGUGUAUGUACUAAAAACUU